ACGUCUCCGAAAUCCGUGGCCGCGAUCCUUCUCCUCACCCCGAUGCCCUGUUUAAUCAUCAACUUGCUUCUUGAGUGCAUCCCUCUAAGUGACCCGGCGACGGGCCUUGCGGGCUCUGGGUUGUACCAACUGCGGAUGUUCUUCACUGGCAUGAUCAGUGCGUUGAUGCCGUCUCUGAUCAAACUCGACUGUGUCCCCAAAUCCCCCGUGAGCUCCCCAUUCAUGCUGCUGCUCUUUGCUGUGUCUCAAGCCGCCAUUUUCCUGCUCACGAAUGCCCUAAUCUCUCUCGCUUCGGGUGUUUUUCCAGUACCGUUGAGUCUGUUCACAGCAAUUAUCCCCAUGGCAGUAGCGGGAAGACUCAUGUUCUACCGCCGU